AUGGAAGAUGGAAGGGGAGAGAGAAUGAUAAAAAGACUUUAUGAAGCUUCGUUGGAUGGGAGUGUCUCAUCUCUGAUUGAACUCAUUAAAGAAGACAAACUCAUUCUCGAUAGAGUUAUGAUGAACACUUACUACUUCAAUGAGACUCCACUCCACAUAGCAGCAAUUCUAGGUCAUGUUGACUUUGCGAUAGAGAUUUUGAGACGCAAACCAGAACUUGCAACAGAGUUAGACUCGGAAAAUUCCUCACCUCUUCACUUGGCUUCUGCAAAAGGGAACCUUGAAAUCGUGAAGGAGCUGUUGAAGAUAAAACCAAAUGUUUGUUGUGUUACUGACGGUGAUGGGAGAACCCCUCUUCAUCUUGCUGCGAUCAAAGGCCGGAUAGAUGUCAUGAAAGAGUUGAUUCAGACACGACCUGAGGUCAUUCAUGUCAAGGUUGGUAAGGGAGAAACCAUUCUACACUUGUGUGUCAAAUACAACCGUUUUGAGGCACUUAAACUAUUAUUGGAAUCGGCAAAUGGCCAAGAUGAGCUCCUCAACUUUAAAGAUGAUGAUGGCAACACUGCUUUGCAUCUUGCUGUAGCUAAGAAACAGAAAAAGGUGACUUUACCAUAA